GUGGUACCAGCAGGUUCGGUGCCGAGCCAGGAAAGCGGCGGCUCGAGCCCCGGAGAAAGUGGCGGUGAGUCCGGUUCAGAGGGUAAAACGUACCGUUCCAAGGAGCAGCUGAUGCUCAGGGCCAACAGCCUGAAGAAAGCCCUGAGGCAGAUCAUCGAACAGGCAGAGAAAGUGGUGGACGAACAGAACCGACACACGCAGGUCCAGAGGAUGUCGUCCUCAUCCUCCAUCAAAAGAGAAAACAGCGAGGAGCUGAAGGAUGCUGAGCCACGUCAAGGAAGCUUAAGUCCCACCUCCCCCAUUGUCCUUGAGAAACCAGAGAGCCUCCACACCGUCACCUUCAGCGAGGACACUGUACAAUGCUCAGAGAAGUGUGUGAUGAACAAUUACUUCGGUAUCGGCCUGGAUGCCAAGAUUUCCCUUGAGUUCAACAACAAGAGAGAUGAGCACCCUAAAAAAUGCAG